AGCCCUUACAACAUUUUCACCGGGGGGCGGGAUUCCUCCACCCGUCGGUCAAACUGCUGCGAUGGUGAUAUUCAUCUCGGGAGGAUCUGACCGCCGCAUCUGAUGAUCUCCGCCCAAUCACAAAACAUUCCCAUGUGUUAUCGGGAUGAAGAGGCGGGCGGAUGCACGCAUUUUGUUGAGAAAGCAUUUGCUGAUUAUUGCAUUCAUGGUUACAAUGCAGUCAGCAGAUGAUAGCGAAGCACUUUUUGGUUCCCGGUACAACGUUCUGAACAUAAAGCACGUGAUCUGGUUUUGCUCUACCGUGGAUGCUCGCUACAACGAACCUCGGCGUAGCGAAUUCCUUAAUAGAGUAAAACUCCCCGCCCUCGAGUUCUCCGCCUACAUGCAAGAUUCGUCGUUUCUACCAUAUAACAUCAUCUGUUUAAUAAAGCCUUCCCUCUAUACCAAGUUUGUUAUAUCAAGGAAUCAUAUGGUGAGAGCCAAGAAGGUCAUGAGGCGGGGACAGGAAGGAACCGGAACCGUGUUUGCCUUGUUUGGUUACUUUGUCUUGUAUGAACCACCGAUAAGCAUAUGGUUCGCCCCCCACAGAAUUCUUGUCAUAUAGCAUCAAAUUGCUUGAGAUUUUCGACCUCAACGGCUUUCACAAUAUGGUGUUUUUGAGGUUGUAUCUAAGACUAAUCAGGUCGCUAACUAAAAAUAAACUUGUAAAAAUCGGCCCGGUGUGCUCUUCAAGGGCUUCAAGGUACAGAAUAUACUACAAAAAAGGAAGAAGAAGAUAAAGAGAAAAAAUAUAAGCCUAUUAUACUCUUGACUAUCUCAAACAUCUUGGAUAGUCUAUGUAAGCUUCAGAUAUAG